GGAAGGUCCUGCAUUGCAUUACUGCAGUGUUGCACUUGGUGGCUCGUAACUGCUGUCUUGUAAAGGGACGGGUGAGCAAAGUAGUAUUUACUUGGCAGCAACCACAAUGCUAGAUGGCGCACAACCCCACACACCCCUCCCUUGUGGAAAGAGCCGAUAAAUCCAUCACAGUAACGAUGCUUGGAUAAUAAUACAAUUACUAAUAAAUGUAUCUAUAUAUUUGUAUCUAGAGCCACCAUACUGCUAGGACGUUUCCACAUGAGAAAAUAACUCUUAAUAAUAUCAAUCAUUAUAAUACAACGUGUUUGCUCCUCAAACAGUGUGUGAGAACUUACUUGCAACUUUUAAACUUGUAAAACUUCUCCUGCACCUCUGUCAUGAAAUACAUCUCUGAUAAGUCAUUUGGCUUUGUGAGCUUUCAAUGAAUUCAAUUAUGUGUUUCAGUUUCUCAGAGUGACCACUUAUGAUUAUAAAUGGACUCAGGUCAAAUAGUUUGGAUGCUGUACCUCAUAAUAGUAAUAACAAUAAUCGAAAUAAUAAUAUCAGUUUCAGUAUUAUUGAAUCAAUUACAUAUCAUUUCCAAGUUUACAAUAAAUACAUGCAUAAAUCACAUUGACUGGUAAGUAGGCCUAUUGCUCUUGUAUUUACUUCUAAUUUUGAUAUCAAGUUCAAUUGUAUGGUCCAAUACUGAUCUUGCCUACUUUAAUUAGAAUAAAACCAGAUGUUUAUGAUAUCUAGAUCCUCACAUUAUAUGAUCUGUUGGAAUAUUAAUUAUGAAGCAGUUCUUCAGAAAAGUAUUGCCCUCAGUCUAAUGCUGUAACAUUUGAGGUGAACAGCAGAUGGCACCAGCAAUACCAACACGCCUUUUAGAGUCCCUCCAGCAGAAAUCCAGGAAGAGGAAGAAGGAGGAGGAAGAAGAAGAAGGGGUGGUUUUAUAAAGGGUGUGUUGCUACUGAGUUGGAGACAACUUUAAGACACAGUUUCAUAAGUUGUGAGCUGACAACCGGACCAGGUUAACUACAUUAUUCAGCUGGCUGUCAGGCGGACUCAGUUUUCCUCAAGUCCUCAGUCUGGUGAAGGGAGAUGGAUCAGUGCAGCAUCAAACGCAAAAGCAGAGUGGCUGAGUUUCAGCACUUGUUUGGGAGUUGGGCCAGCCUGCUGAGCCGCUUAUAUGAUGACCCCAAGGUAGCACAGAUGAUGAAAACAAGGAUCGGGCAGUACCUGAACAGCCACCCUUUAUUUGCUCUCACGGUGAUGCUGUUUGGUGCCAUGUCUGCAAUUCCCGUUGGAAUGUUCCUCUCUUUUGCUCUUGUGACCAUUAUCAUGUCUGCAGUUGGUUUGGUUUUCUUUGAAGCGUUCCUGUUGUUUGUAGGAGGGACGACUCUGCUGUGUGUGCUCUCUGGCAUCGCCCUCUUCUCUGUCAUGGUUUCAUUCAUCUUUAAUGCGCUUUAUUUCACCAUCUCCAACAUCCUCAGCCGCUAUAACCCACAUCUGACAAAGCAACAUGAUGUCCAGGAGAAGGAGAGUGAGAGUGAAAUUUCAAAAACGAAGGAAAUGUAAAAGCCUGAUUAUUCUUCUCUCUCAAUUGUCAACUGUAUGUGGAAAGGUUUAAAAUUGCUUUGUGAACUGGCACCAUAAAUGAGCACUACUGAAGCUUGGUGGUUUGGAUUGAGACCCUUGAAUGUGCUGUAUGUAACAGAUUGUGUAAGCACAAAGACUCCCUGAUGGUCACUGUAAGUCUAAAGCCUAAAGAUUAUUAGUACAUUGUACUAUGUGUCAUUAUCUCUAUGUUUACAUGUUAUAUAAGUAUAACAUAUCACAGCCAAACUAUGUAAUAACUAAUAUUGCUUUAUUAGUCCUAAUACACACAGAAUAUUUAUUCAGUUUUAGAAAUGCUUGUGUAUGUAAUGUAUGUCUGCAGCUAUCUGAUGCACAUGUUACUUGUUUGCUGUUACCUUUAAAAGAGCUCGAUGUUGCACAUUUGUGAUGAAGCUUUGAAUAAAUGCACAUCAUGAUAAACAAGUGUGUUCUUCUUCUGACAAUUCUUGGCUUUAAAAUAUGAUUCAACAUUCAAAGAGUUAUUGUCAUAACAGAUAUGUUAUGUAAUGUAUGAACAACUUAGAUUGCCGGUUCCUCAACAGUGAACUUACAUGGUGACAUAUAUAAUUAACUUAAUGGAUUAAAAACAAUGUAUUAUUGGCGAUAGAUGAUCUGCUGAAAAUAAAGUCUGGUGUACGGCACACAA